CGUGUCGUCAUUAGCAACAACAAACCCACCUGCCUUUAUAUGACAGUGCAGGUCAGCAGCAGCAGCUCAUUGUUGUUAUACCUAUUUGACUUAGCCUGUCAGAAUAUCAUGAAUAAACAGGCAUGAAGACGCAAACAUUUAAUUCUAGUAGUUUUUUCGUCUGGUUAACCACCGCGUUCACAUUAUUACGCUACAUGAACGUUAGCUUAGCUCGCUAGCAGACAGCGGUAUUAUGGCAUGCGUUUAACAGAGCCAGCUCUUCCUCAUUGCAGUCAGCUAAAGGGGCAGUUCUGCUUUCAGUGGCUGAUAAAUCGACAGACUUCCCGCAAAGGGUUCACUGUGUGCUAUGGAGCCGUCCGCGGCAAUGGGCUGUGUAAACAUCGGUAGUCUGACCAGCACCUUACCGGUGAUCCCCUACCAGAAGCUGACCGACCUGUACUACCUGAGCAGAGGGGGCUUCGGCACCGUGUUCAAGGCUCAGCACUCAGACUGGAGGACCACUGUGGCCAUCAAGUGCCUCAAACUCGACGCCCAUGGAGAAAGGGAAAGGAACUGCCUGCUGAAGGAGGCUGAGGUGCUGCACAAAGCCAGGUUCAACUACAUCAUCCAGAUUUUUGGCAUCUGCAAUGAGCCCGAGUUCUUCUGCAUCGUCACAGAGUUUAUGAGCAAUGGCUCUCUGGACCUGUUACUUCAUGAGAAGGACAUGUACCCUGCGCUGGCCUGGCCUUUACGUCUGAGGAUUCUGUACGAGAUCGCCCUCGGGGUUAAUUUCCUCCACAACAUGAACCCACCUCUCUUACAUCAUGAUCUGAAGACGCAGAACAUCCUGUUGGACAGUGAAUUUCAUGUCAAGAUUGCAGACUUUGGCCUCUCAAAGUGGCGGCAGCUGUCCGUCAGUAAGGGCUCCGGGUCCAAGCCCACAGAGAUGGGGGGCACAGUGAUCUACAUGCCUCCAGAGAAGUACGAACCCUCCAAGAGCCGUCGGGCCGAUGUGAAGCACGACAUGUACAGCUAUGCCAUCAUUAUGUGGGAGGUCCUGUCCAGACACAUUCCUUUUGAAGAUGUGACCAACCCCAUGCAGAUCAUGUUCAGUGUGCUGCGUGGGACGCGUCCUGACAUCAGUCUGGACAGUCUACCUGCUGACAUCCCCAGCAGAGAAACCCUCAUCAGUUUAAUGACCUGCGGCUGGACCACCAACCCAGACGAGCGACCUUCCUUCCUAAAGUGUCUGAUUGAACUGGAGCCCAUGGUGAGGAAGUUUGAUGAAAUUGACUUUCUGGAGGCUGUGCUGGAGAUAAAGAGGACAAAGUUGAUGGGCCAAUCACGCUGUUGUUUAGCACAGUCAGAGUGUGAGAAGAGGAGUGAGGAGGGGUCUCUGAACAUGCUGAAGGACAGACACAGCCCCUGGCCGGAGAGCUCCACCUCCGGCUCAGGCUCUUGUUCCUCUCAGGACACAGACAUUUCUAUCCCAGGAGCCCUCACCAGCAGCAAUGCUCCUCCCUCUAAAGAUGGAAGAUGUCCAUCGUCGUUCCUAGCUCACAAUCUGGACCCUCCUGAGUCUCUGAAGGACAAUUGCGCAGUAAAUGAUAUGAACAGCUUCCAGACUGCCAGGCCCACGACGGAUCUGAACAUCCCCAUCAGAGCAGAGCUGCCUGUCUCUGAAUAUGAGACACAUCUGGAUAACCUCACCCUCAAGUCUCAGCAACAAGCAGAUUACUCUCCUCCCCCGCGAUACUCUCCUCCCUUUCAAGGCCCGUUUGCUCAGUGGAUCUCGACGCGGCGUGAGGAGAUCGUCACUCAGAUGACAGAGGCCUGUCUCAACCAGAGCCUGGACGCCCUGCUGGCUCGCUCCUUGUUAAUGCAAGAGGAUUAUGAACUUGUGAAGAACCAGCCCACACGCACGGCUAAAGUCCGCCAGCUGCUGGACAACUGUCUCAAACACGACGACGACUUCUGCCUCAUUGUUGUACGAAAGUUGCACGACAACAAACAGAGGGGCUUACAGCCGUACCCGCCGGAAAUCAGCUCGCCUCCCCCUGUCGUCUUCCCGACGGCACCUCCACUCAACAUGUCCUUUAAUAUACCCAGGAACAUGUAGCAGCAGUCACAGACAAACAGUGAUACAAGAUCGUGCCGACUUGACACUACACUAAGCUCUCAAUGGUCAUCAAGAUGGUCAACGUGUUUUAUUUUUUUGCAAGUCUCCAUGAAAACAAACAAAGGAUGAGCUGGUUGAGAAAAGACUCUCACAGCUACAAAAAAGACGCUGUGAGAUAUGAGAUUUAAUCUCGGCUCAUCAACAAGAGAUGAAAAGUUUAAUUCUGUGUGAACAGAAUGAAAGAUUUUGACUGAAUCAGUGAUUUUAUUGAACAAUUUAAUGUGAUUUUGUUUUAUGUAUGCAUUUGUCUCAAAAGCUCAGUUUCCAUUAUAUGAGAGCCUAAUUAUGUGGCCCAGCUCUUUUUUGUGUUGUGUAAGUGUGUACGUGUCUGAACGUGUGUGUUUAUUUAUAGAAGAGGAACAUCCCUGAUACGCUCGCUUGGUCUGAGUAAUGCCAAAAGGACUGUUAUCAUGCUGUAAAGUCUACAGCAUGUAUUCCUUUUAUAGCAGUUGCUCAAUAUCAUGUAGUCAUGGGUUGAAUAUCCUGAUUUUUUACCUGAGAGAGAAUGUGCUCACCACAGCGGAGAGUAUCUGUGUGUUGGAGUGCAUGAUCGAUAUCAGUGAGAGACUGCAGAGUCAGUGUUCUAAUGAUAGCCAUCGAACUCCGGGACCAGUUAAACUGUGGCUGAAUGGAUAGAUUGUGUCCCUAACUGUGCUCUUCUUCUCUCUUUUUUAGUUUUUACUGCUGAGCCCUACAGAGUCACUGGGACACAGAGUAAAGAGGAAGUGGAGUUUGUAAUACAACACCCAGAAUGAGAGGGAUGUGCGUCUCUCUGCAUGUCUGUGUCUGAAUUAAAAGUGGACCAAAGUGA